AUGGCCGAAUUCCAUUUCCUAAACAAAGUCCAACCACCUCAAGUGACCUCUUUGAACCUCCCUCCCAAUCACUCCUGUAACUUGGUAGCCAAGAGGAAGAUCGUAGUUAGACCUAAUGAUUUACCAAUCUUGCAACCUGAUGGAGUAUUGGUCAAGGUCAUCUCAACAGAUGAGUAUUAUCUCCUUUUAUUCCUAUAUGCCAUCUCACUUAGCCUGGACCACAUGCGAUUUAAGCUAACAUACUUUCUUUGCGUUCUAUACGUAUCUGCGGUUCCGAUCUGCAUAACUACCUUGCAGGUGGAGUAG